AUGACUUCUGUGACUUCACAACGUGCUGUGCGGUGGCACCCGCCCUCUUAUGAUAUUCGUAUCGAAACCCUUCCCAUUCCAAAGAUUGAGCACCCAGAUGAUGCGAUAGUAAAGAUUCAGCUUGCUGGGCUGUGUGGUAGUGAUUUACAUAUGUACCGUGGAACAGCGAGGCUCACGGAACCUUGCAUCAUGGGCCACGAGUUCAUCGGUGAAAUUGUUGCCCUCGGUGCGAGUUUUCAUCCCAGCUCUACAGGUCGCCCGCGCUUGUAUUCCACACUUCAUAUCGGCGAUAAAAUUGUCUCGCCGUUUACUGUCUCUUGUGGAGAGUGCCAUUUUUGCAGAGUAGGAUUUACGUGCCGUUGCGUCGAGUCCCGCCUAUUUGGCACUCCUCUGACUCCAGGAGGACAAGCUCAAUAUGUUCGAGUUCCUCGGGCCGGAGGCACCCUGUACAGUCUGCAGGACAUUCCUGAUGGAUCCUCACUUGCCGACUCCUCUUUGCUGUUACUGUGCGAUAUUCUUCCGACUGGAGUAUUUGCCGCAUUUCAGGCACUCAGUCACGCCAAAACCUUACCCUUUACAACCAGACAACCUUAUCCGCUUAGUGCGAGGCUUGGCCCCGUGGGGGUGUGCGCGUGUAUCGCUCUCCUUGACAUGCUCGUCACGCGAAAGCUGAAGUUCAAUGUGAUAGCCAUUGACCCGAACGAAGCCAGGAGGGCAAAAAUGGCAUCAAUAUACUCAACUAUCGGCGGCAACUACCAGUUUGGUGAAUUUCAAGUAGUUGACACCAACAAUGUCAAAGAACUUGUUGCAAAUUUGACCAAGGGAUUUGGUUGCAACGCUGUUCUAGAAGUUGUUGGUAAUACCAGUGCGCUUCGGCUAGCUUACGAACUUGUACGGCCGUUUGGCUGUAUCAAUUCUGUUGGGGUUCACAGUGAUCAUACUGUCCCGUAUAAAGGGGUUGAGCUUUAUGACAAGAAUGUAUCACUUGAUUUUGGUCGGUGUCCAGUGCGUGCUAUGUUCCCAAUGGCACUGGAACUACUCCUGAAAAGGCAGGAUGUACUGGGAUCGGUAGGUGGGGAAACGAGCUUGGUGGAGAAAAUAGCGAGUUUAGAUGAUGCAGUGCAGAUAUAUGACGACUUUGACAAAGGGAAAUGCGGGAAGGUUUUAUUCGCUCCAUUCAAGUAG